GUCCCUUCUGGAUCUGUAUGACCCUGGUGUUCUCCGUAGCAAUCAGUGGGAACCUGUCCACCUUCCUGCGUAAGAUGGGGAGCCCCAACUACCACUACAGACCACAGUUCCACAGAGUCACCAUAGCUGCAGUGGUGAUCUUUCUGUACGCCUGGCUGGUACCAGUGGGUCUGUGGGCUUUUCUCACCUGGAGACAAGGGACUGAAAGGCAGAUGGGAGGCUACUCCUUCCUAGAGACUGUGUGUGUCUAUGGCUACUCCCUCUUCAUCUUCAUCCCCACAUCAAUCCUGUGGAUCAUCCCACUGGAGCCACUGCAGUGGACUUUGAUCGUGGUUGCAAUGGUGGUCUCUGGCUCAGUGUUGGUCCUCACCUUCUGGCCUGUGGUCCGUGACGACAGUAAGUUUAUGGCUGUGGGCACCAUGAUUACCAUCGUGGUCCUGAACGCCCUGCUGGCCAUCGGGUGUAAGCUAUACUUCUUUCAGACACCAGACCAAACCCCUUCACCAACAGCCCCGGGGAUUUACUCCAACCUGACCGUUCAAGCCCACUGACAGCGGCUGCAGCUGGUUGAAUCAGACCUCCAUGAUGCACAACGUUAUGAUUUCAACAUUCAACGGGACUAAAGGAAACUAUCAGGCCAAGUCCAUCCUUCCAGCAAU